UGGAAGACCCACAGAAAUGGCGUUAUACGAAGUUGCACUGCUGCUGCUGCUUGUGUCGUGUGGUUUAAUGGUUACAAACACAGCAUCAGCCGCCACAUGUGACCAGACAGGGCCCUGUACGUGCCGUAUGAGUGACGGGACGGGAGAGAUAGACCUCAGCGCCCUGGCCUCUUCUGACAGCGCCCUACCAAAGUUUGAGAACGUGAACUCUGCCAGUGAUGACUACGUUUACUCCUACAACCCCUGUCAACCCUUCACACAGGGCACCUGCAAAGACGUCUCAGCAUGCCAGUAUGUGCCUCAGCUCAAGACAUACUUCCCACUGGGAACCCAAGACUCUGCCAAGUUUAUCCAGGAAGGACAAGACUUAACCCUCAGAUACUUCGCUGGACAAGGCUCCUCCAGGAGGGAGACUAAGGUGAAGCUUGUGUGCGAUCGUGGAGAGACCACCUUCACAGCAGAGGGGCAGGACCCGAAUGUCAUCAACCUUUAUGUAAGGCAACUUUUUUCUCUACAUUCUUAAAUAAACAUGUAAGGGCCACCCUACUCAUAGCCUUAAACCAUUAAC